AUGGCUGCGGUUCAAGCUCUCGUCCUGACCCACACCAAUCUUGUCAUUGCCACACCCUCGCUUAGACUUCAGGAGCAACCUCCCCGAAGACUCGCCAUCACUGCGGCAAAGCGCCACCGGCGGCCGGGAGUGCACCACCGAGGCCCCGCGCUCGAGAAGGCGACAUUUCCGCAGGGCUACGGCGCUGCGCCCGAGACGCCUCCGCAGAGCGCGAUGGCCGCCAAGGCGGAGGAGGUGAAGCCGCCGGCGGCGGAGGCGCGGAUGGAGGAGGAGCGCCCCGCGUGGCACGAGUCGAUGAAGGGGCAGCUGUUCUGGUUCAUGCGCACCCUCGGAACCAUCGUCGAUUAG